AUGAGCUGCAUCGGAAGCAAUAAUCAGAGCAGCGCAACUGAGUUCCUCCUCCUGGGGCUCCCCACCCAGCCAGAGGACCACGCCACGAUCUCCGCCCUGUUCCUGGCCAUGUACCUGACCACGGUGCUGGGGAACCUGCUCAUCAUCCUGCUCAUCAGGCUGGACUCCCGCCUCCACACCCCCAUGUACUUCUUCCUCAGCCACUUGGCCUUCACAGACAUCUCCUUCUCGUCAGUCACGGCUCCAAAGAUGCUCACGAACAUGCUGACUCACACUCAGUCCAUCUCGUACGCUGGCUGUGUUUCCCAGGUGUAUUUUUUCCUGUUCUUUGCAGAUCUUGACAGCUUCCUUCUGACCUCCAUGGCCUAUGACAGGUAUGUGGCCAUCUGCCACCCUCUGCACUACAGCCCCAUCAUGAGUCAGAGCCUCUGUGUCCUGCUAGUGAUGGUGUCCUGGGUCUUGUCCUUUGCAAGUGCCCUUGUGCACACUCUCCUGCUUGCUCGCCUCUCUUUCUGUGGGGACACUACUCUGCCCCACUUCUUCUGUGACCUGUCUGCCCUGCUUAAGCUGUCUAGCUCAGACACCUCCAUCAAUGAACUGGUCAUCUUCACGGUGGGAGUGGUGAUCAUAACUGUGCCAUUGAUAUGCAUCCUGAUCUCUUACGGCCACAUCGGAGCCACCAUCCUGAGAAAUCCCUCCAUCAAGGGAAUCUGCAAAGCCUUGUCCACGUGCGGCUCCCACCUCUCAGUGGUGUCUCUGUACUAUGGAGCCAUUAUUGGGCUAUAUUCUUUCCCUUCACCUAAUAACAGUAACAGCAAGGAUGUCAUAGUGGCUGUGAUGUACACUGUGGUCACGCCCAUGCUGAAUCCCUUUAUCUACAGUCUGAGGAACCGGGACAUGAAAGGAGCACUGGGGAACAUCCUCAGCCGGAGAGUGCAUUCACAGUGA